AUGUCCGCUUAUUCGCUAUCCGAGGAGCAGGAACGUCAGUUCCGACGAAUGUUUGAAACGUUCGACAAGGACGGAAACGGUUCGAUUACCGCCUCGGAACUAGGCAUGGUAGUGCGUGCGCUCGGUAUGAAUCCCUCGCAGGCGGAAGUUGAGCAGAUGAUACACGAGGUCGAUCUGGACGGCAGCGGAACGAUCGAAUUGAACGAGUUUUUGGUGCUUAUGGCCCGUAAACAGCGCCAGGAUACCACGGAUGAGGAACUGCGUGAUGCAUUUAAGAUCUUCGAUAGGGAUGGCGAUGGUUUCCUAUCUGUUGAUGAGCUGUCGGCCGUUAUGAAAAAUUUCGGUGAGCGUCUGUCCGAUGACGAAUUGGCAGAUCUACUGGAUGAAGCAGAUAUAGACAAGGAUGGGAAGAUAAAUUACGAGGAAUUUAUUAUAAUGUUGACGAAAUAG